UGCAAAGUGAGCCUCACACUGCACCGGCGCGUUGUCCAGACAGAGAAUGUCGGAGGAACCAGCUGGAGGACUUGGCACCCGUGAACUCCAGUCCCUGCGGCGGCUGUUGUCGAUCCGAGCAGCAAAGAGUGAACGUGGCUGCAUUCAAUGCGCUGCCUUCACCAGCAUCCACAUUCGCUGCGCACCAUUACCGGAGUCCCCAGUUCCAUCGUCUAUGUAGCAGUGGUUGUGCAGGGACAGGCACAGUCACGAGCGAGGCCAUGAAGCUGCUCUACUACUCGCUCGCCGUCUAUCUGUCCGCCACCCCAGCGCUAGCAGCUUCCAGCGCGGACAGCAAGAAGGGCGACAAGCCAUGCACCAUUACAUCGCCUACCACAGGCUCGUUCUUCGACCUCACGUCGCUGCAGAUACCCGAUCCCGCGACCUCGAAAGCGAAACAUCCGAAAGAGCAUAGCUGGAAUGCCACAGGAUACGAUGUUGGCUACAACUUCACUAUCAACUUCUGUGGUCCUGUGGUAGAAACGGUAGAGGAUGUGGAAGGUGUGGAUAAGGAGUUGUGGCGGAAUGUGAGCGCCUUCUACAGGCACGAUGAUAAGGUUUACAGUAUUGGACAACAGAACUCGGACUUGGUUAUGCGAGGGAGGAAGCUAGUUCUAAACUACACCGAUGGCAGCCCAUGCGAGCAGUCACAGGACAAAAGAGCGCGAAGCGAGCGACUAAGAGAGUCUGCGGACGAGGACGAUAAGAAAGACGACAAGAAAGAUGACGACGAGAAGGAGAAAGAGCCGGCGAAGAAGCCCAAGGGCAGAACGAAGAGCACGGUGAUCAGUAUGCUUUGUGACAGAGAUCCACUGGCGCCCCCUCUGCAAUUGAGCUUCGUGGGCACUCUCGACGAAUGCACAUAUUUCUUCGAGGGCCGAUCCGCUGCUGCAUGCGCAACAGCAAACACAAGCAAAGCAACGCUCAACCCGGCUGGAGUCUUUGGUGUGAUCGUCAUGAUCGCCAUCAUGGUCUACUUCGUGGGAGGUUGCGUUUACAAUCGUGCUGUGCUCCAGCAAAGGGGCUGGCAACAGGUCCCAAACUACAGUUUGUGGCUGGGGAUACUGAGAUUCUUCAGAGACAUCUUCAUCAUCCUGACCUCCUCCUGUACACGAUACACGCCGUCCAGACGAGGCUAUCACCGGGUCGGACAGAACGGUGGUAUGGGAGGAAAUGGGCGGGCAAGAGGCGACAGUGCAGACGCUGAGAAUCGGCUGAUCGACUCCCUUGAUGAAGAUUGGAAUGAUUGAUGGAUGCUGGAAAACGACACUUUCAUCAUUGUGCUACAAGCCUCCUGCGCAGUUCUUUAUUUUGCCCUCUACCUCUACACGUUUGCCUGGAUGCUGUUCUACUUCACAUGACCCUGCGGCGCAAUGGAUAGAGCUUGAAAGUAUCCGAUAGCAGAACUUUGACUUGAGCUUCCCACCAGCAUUCAGUAUCGUGGACGACUUUCAUCAGCGAU